CUGUGGCCUUGCUUUUAGUCAACCCUGGCGCCGGGAGUCUCUCAUUGCUUUCCGAACUUGCUUCCGAACUUCCUGUCACCGCUCACAUCAACCAACCCUCAUCAGUGACAUCGACGCUCUUUGGCUUGUGCUGAGGACAAGUCCAACCCACACAUGAUCGAUCGAAGUUCUUGAUCAACAACGGCCUGGAAACACCAUCACGCACGAAUCGACGAAAUCUGCCACCAUGAUGCCGACGUGGCCCGCCGCUCCGCCUUCGGGCGCCCAGCCACCAGCUGGCUACACAGCUUCUUACUCUGCUCCUGCCUACACCGCAGUACCAGUCCGGCAGUCAUUCGGCCAGUCAUACUCUGCCCCACAAUCCUCCUAUCCGACCGCGCAUACUUACGGCCCCCCCCAUUCUCCCUCGCCGAGCGCAGCUAAUAGUGCAACAAACGUGAAUACCCCGUCACCUGCAGCGCAGGACCAGACCAAGACGAAAAUCGACUGGCCUGAUUCGGUCCGCCGAUAUGUCCAGCGAGCCUUCAUCCCUGCAAAUCUAGAUUCCAGUGUCUCACGCGCAGAAAUGGAGGUCAAGUUGAAGGAGACAAUAACUCAGGCCAACGAGAAGGGUGUCAUGUACACCCUCGACUGGGACAAGAUGCCGCUUCCGCAAGAAAUGAUCCGGGAAGAGCGGGCGAGAGCCUUACUUCCGCUCAAUUCUAAACCACAAACCCAAGCCCCUACCCAGUCUACCACUACCAAGAAGCGAAAGUCCUGGGAUCUGACGGAUUCGGAAACCCCGAAUUCGCCCUCGGCGACGCCACCGCCUUGGCGGUCUGGGGCUGGUCGCCUUGAGGACCGCGUUAGCUUUUCAUCUGACCGGCGCCUGACCAGUGAGGAGCUCCCCAAAUCCAGUAAGUUCAACAGGGCGGACAAGCGCCAGAAGCGUCAGGAGGGGGAGUACACGACGUUCCGUGAGGAGACACCUCCGCCGAGCGACGGUCCUGUUGUUGGCACCUGCCAGGACUUAGAGAAACGCUACCUCCGUUUGACCGCGGCUCCAAAACCUUCACAAGUUCGUCCCCCGCACAUCCUGCGUCAGACUUUGGAGCUCCUCAAAAAGAGGUGGAAGAAGGAUCAGAACUACUCGUACAUUUGCGACCAGUUCAAGUCCAUGAGGCAAGAUCUCACGGUUCAGCGUAUCCGUGAUGACUUCACAGUUGAGGUCUACGAGAUCCAUGCUCGCAUUGCCUUGGAGAAGGGGGAUCUUGGUGAGUAUAAUCAGUGCCAGAGUCAGCUCAAGGGGCUGUAUAAGCUGGGUCUGAAGGGCAAGGCGAACGAGUUCAAGGCGUACCGGAUUUUGUAUUACAUUCACACAGCGAACCGAACGGAGCUGAAUAACGCUCUGGCGGAUCUAACUGCAGCAGAGAAGAAAGACAAGGCCAUCAAGCAUGCUCUCGAUGUGCGUUCCGCCCUCGCCUUGGGCAACUACCACCGGUUCUUCCAGCUCUACAACGAUACGCCGAAUAUGGGCGCGUAUCUCAUGGAUAUGUUCGUCGGGCGGGAACGCCUCGCCGCUCUGUGUAACAUCUGCAAAGCGUACAAACCAGACGUGCCUCUGCGCUUCGUCACCGAAGAGCUCUACUUCGAGUCAGAUGUUGAGGCAGCGCAGUUCAUCCUCAAUCAUGACGGUCAGGACCUCCUCGAGGACCGGAACGGCACCAUUGUCUUCCUGACUGGGAAGGCGGGCCCACGGUUCGAAGGGGCACGCGCCGAAGCCUUCUCCCGCGUGGACAUCAAAGGCCAGAUAUGAAUCCGUUUCUCGGCCGCCUUUGCAUGUUGUCCCCGAUGCACUUGGUCGCCGCGCCUUGCCAUCCGACGGGCUAACUUGUUCCAUUUCGUUCCUGUAACUUCUCUUUUCGCCAGUUGGGCGUUGCGAUCGAUACAGCACCGUAUUCUCGAUACCUUGAUUCUGCUCGCCGGUCGGUUACUUGAGCUUUUCUCGGGAGCAAGCUCCCGAGAAGGACCAUGAAGCUUGACGACAGCUU